AUGCUAUCUUUGAGACAAUCAACUUCAAAGUUAAGUAAUAGUUUAACAUUAUACAAAAGAUGUUUUUCUUCAACUUCAAGAACUCUUGAAGUUCAAGGUAAAAAUAUUAAUGGUAAAUCAUUUACAUCAAAUUCUACUGAUCCUUUAUUAAAUAAAUAUCAUAUUAUUGAUCAUGAAUAUGAUUGUGUUGUCGUUGGUGCAGGUGGUGCAGGUUUAAGAGCUGCUUUCGGUCUUGCUGAAGCAGGUUAUAAAACUGCAUGUAUUUCAAAACUAUUUCCAACAAGAUCUCACACUGUUGCUGCUCAAGGUGGUAUCAAUGCCGCAUUAGGUAAUAUGCAUCCGGAUGAUUGGAAAUGGCAUAUGUAUGACACUGUUAAAGGUUCAGAUUGGUUAGGUGAUCAAGAUUCUAUUCAUUAUAUGACAAGAGAAGCACCAAAAUCGAUUAUUGAAUUAGAACAUUUUGGUAUGCCAUUUUCAAGAAAUGAUGAAGGUAGAAUUUAUCAAAGAGCAUUUGGUGGUCAAUCAAAAGAAUAUGGUAAAGGUGGUCAAGCUUAUAGAACUUGUGCUGUAGCUGAUAGAACAGGUCAUGCAAUGUUGCAUACUUUAUAUGGUCAAGCUUUACAACAUGAUUGUAAUUUUUUCAUUGAGUUUUUUGCUCUAGAUCUUUUAAAAUCUCCUGAAGGUGAAGUUGUUGGUGUUAUUGCUUUAAAUCAAGAAGAUGGUACAAUCCAUAGAUUUAGAUCACAUAGAACAAUUAUGGCAACAGGUGGUUACGGUAGAACAUAUUUUUCAUGUACUUCAGCUCAUACUUGCACAGGUGAUGGUAUGGCUAUGGUAUCUCGUGCAGGUUUCCCAUUACAAGAUUUAGAAUUUAUUCAAUUCCAUCCAUCAGGUAUUUAUGGUUCAGGUUGUUUAAUUACUGAAGGUGCACGUGGUGAAGGUGGUUAUUUAGUUAAUUCAGAAGGUGAAAGAUUUAUGGAACGUUAUGCACCAACUGCAAAAGAUCUUGCUUGUAGAGAUGUUGUAUCAAGAGCAAUUACAAUGGAAAUUAAAGAAGGUAGAGGUGUUGGACCAGAUAAAGAUCAUAUGUUUUUACAAUUAAGUCAUUUGCCACCAAAUGUUUUAAAAGAAAGAUUACCAGGUAUUUCAGAAACUGCAUCAAUUUUUGCAGGUGUCGAUGUAACAAAGGAACCAAUUCCAAUUAUACCAACUGUUCAUUAUAAUAUGGGUGGUAUUCCAACAAAAUGGACAGGUGAAGCUUUAACAAUCGAUGAAAAGACAGGUGAAGAUAAAAUUAUUCCAGGGUUAAUGGCUUGUGGUGAAACUGCAUGUGUUUCUGUUCAUGGUGCUAAUAGACUUGGUGCUAAUUCUUUAUUAGAUUUAGUCGUCUUUGGUCGUGCUGUUGCUCAUACUGUUGCUGAUACUUUACAACCUGGUUUACCACAUAAACCUUUAUCUAAUUUAGGUAAAGAAAGUAUUGCUAAUUUAGAUAAAUUAAGAAAUGCUAAUGGUUCAAAGACAACAUCCGAAAUUAGAUUAAAUAUGCAAAAGACAAUGCAAAAAGAUGUUUCCGUCUUUAGAACUCAAGAUUCCUUGGAUGAAGGUGUUAAGAACAUUACUGCUGUUGAUAAUACUUUUGAAGAUGUUCAUGUUACAGAUAAAUCAAUGAUUUGGAAUUCUGAUUUAAUUGAAACUUUAGAAUUACAAAACUUAUUAACUUGUGCUUCACAAACUGCAGUUUCUGCAUCUGCCAGAAAAGAAUCUCGUGGUGCACAUGCAAGAGAUGAUUACCCAGAGAGAGAUGAUAAGAAUUGGAUGAAACAUACAUUAUCAUGGCAACCAACUACAGGAUCUCCUGUCUCUUUAAAAUAUAGAAAUGUUAUUUCUCACACAUUAGAUGAAAAAGAAUGUCCAUCUGUACCUCCAACUGUAAGAGCUUAUUAA